AUGUUCACACGGUCGCGUUUUGAUGCAGGACUCCGUGCUCGUUGCCAGGCGCGCUUCUUCCUCCGUUGCAGCCAAAGCGUCUUUAAGGGCACCCACCCAAGCCGCUGCCCGCCAUCCGUGUGGGUUAGAGACACCGGACCCCCUUCACCUGCGGCGGCUCCUCCUCCUCCUCCUCCUCUUGCUGGCCCACCCCUCCAACGGCUGGCGAGGAGGGGGCUGCCCCAGCGCCGGGCCUGCGUUCGCCUCUCCUCCUCCUCCUCCUCCUCUUCUUCUUCUCCGCCUCCUGCUGACGUCUCGCCCGCCGCCUGCAAAACUCCGGCGGCGGCGGCUUGGCUGGCUGGCUGGCUGACUGACUGGCUUGGCUUGGCUGGCUUGGUUGGCUGGCUGACUGGCUGGCAGCGGCCGGGCGAGGAAGCGAAAGGAGAGAAAGCAGCGCUGAGAGAUGGGAACGACGGCAGCAGUGGCGGCAGCCGGGUGGCCUCUCCGUGCGGCCGCCGGCUGGCUCGGCGCUCUCACUCGGCGCUGCUGCUGGCGCUCACCGUCCUGCUGGUGCAAACGCUGCUGGUUUGGAAUUUCAGCAGCUUGGAUGCGGCUGACGAGCAGCAGCAGCAGCAGCAACGGCAGCACCACCACCAGCAACAGCAGCAGCAGCCGCCUCCGCGGAGAGGCGCCCUGGCCGGCAGCACCCCCAGCCCCAGCCGGAGCGGCCACACCAGCAGCAGCAGCAGCCGCCGGCGAGAGAAGCGCGACCUGGAGAGCCGCGACGGUCCCCGGGCGCCGCAACCCCGCCGAGCUGCCGGCGCUUUCCGCGGCAAGGUGAUGAUGGAUCAACCUCUGAACCCUGAUAAAGGCUUUGAAGCUCAGGACGGCUAUUUUUCCCACCGGCCAAAGGAGAAGACACGAACAGACAGCAACAAUGAGAACUCUGUCCCCAAGGACUUCGAAAACAUUGACAAUAGCAAUUUUGCUCCCCGGUCCCAGAAGCAGAAGCAUCACCCAGAACUGGUGAAAAAACCCAUCAGUGCACAGAAGGAACGCCUACGGAGAAAGCUAGAACAGGAAGAGAAAGCCAAGGAGAACUCCGUCCUUGGGAAAAAUUUCAGUGAGCGGCUGCCGUUGGACAAUUCUGCCCCUAAACCCAACAACAAUGGCAACUCUUUGAAGGACACCCCAAGGUCCCUCGGACAGCCUCAUAUGAAACGGAAUGGGAAUGGCUCUCCUGAGCUUGGAUACGAUCAACUGCCAAAAUGUGACAUUUCAGGCAAGGAAGCCCUCUCGGCUUUAUCCAGGGCCAAAUCCAAGCAGUGUCGUCAAGAAAUUGCCAAGACGUACUGUCAACACAAGCAAGGGAAGCUCAUGCCCGAGCAGGUGACUCGUUUCUGCCCGCUGGAAGGGAAAGCCAAUAACAAUCUCCAGUGGGAUGAGGACUCUAUAGAAUACAUGCCAGCUGACCCAGUCAGGAUCGCAUUUGUCUUGGUCGUCCAUGGCAGAGCUUCUCGCCAGCUGAUGCGCAUGUUCAAGGCUAUCUAUCAUCAGGAUCAUUUUUAUUACAUCCAUGUUGACAAGCGUUCCAACUAUUUACACCGGCAAGUGCUCCAGUUCGCAAGCCAGUAUCCGAAUGUGAGAGUCACCUCCUGGCGCAUGGCUACCAUCUGGGGCGGAGCCAGUCUUCUGUCCACCUACCUCCAGAGCAUGCAGGAUCUCUUGGAGAUGAAGGACUGGCCGUGGGAUUUCUUCAUUAACCUCAGCGCUGCCGACUAUCCUAUCAGGACGAACGACCAGCUUGUCGCAUUCCUGUCCAGAUACCGGAACAUGAACUUCUUGAAAUCCCACGGGAGGGACAACGCAAGAUUUAUUAGAAAACAAGGCCUUGAUCGAUUGUUUCUGGAAUGUGACACCCACAUGUGGAGACUCGGAGACCGGAAAAUUCCAGAAGGAAUCACUGUGGAUGGUGGUUCCGAUUGGUUUCUACUGAACAGGAAGUUUGUCGAAUACAUCACAUUUUCAACGGAUGACCUGGUGACCAAGAUGAAACAGUUCUAUUCCUUUACUCUGCUUCCUGCUGAGUCUUUCUUCCACACCGUCUUGGAAAACAGCCCUCAUUGUGACACCAUGGUGGACAAUAACCUGCGUAUCACAAACUGGAACAGAAAGCUGGGGUGCAAAUGUCAGUACAAGAAUAUUGUGGAUUGGUGUGGCUGUUCCCCCAAUGAUUUUAAGCCAUCUGAUUUUCACCGGUUCCAGCAAACGGCAAGACCAACCUUCUUUGCCCGCAAGUUUGAGGCGGUUGUCAAUCAGGAAGUCAUCUCUCAGUUGGAUUAUUACCUCUAUGGUAACUAUCCUUCUGGUACCCCGGGCCUUCGAUCCUACUGGGAGAAUGUCUACGAUGAACCAGAUGGGAUCCACAGCAUUAGUGAUGUUGCAUUGACUCUCUACCACUCUUUUUCCCGUUUGGGCCUGAAGAAAGCAGAAACGUCCUUCCAUACGGAUGGUGACAACAGUUGCCGAUACUACCCAAUGGGGCAUCCAGUGUCAGUCCACCUCUACUUUCUCGCUGAUCAUUUUCAGGGCUUCCUCAUCAAACAUCACACGACCAAUUUGGCUGCCAGUAAACUGGAGACCUUAGAAACAUGGGUUAUACCUAAGAAAGUGUUCAAGAUUGCAAGCCCACCGAGUGAUUUUGGAAGGCUACAGUUCUUGGAGGUUGGAACAGACUGGGAUGCGAAAGAGAGAAUAUUCCGCAAUUUUGGAGGGUUUCUUUCUCCGACGGAUGAGCCGGUGGGCAUGCAGAAAUGGGCGAAAGGUCCCAAUGUCACCGUGACGGUGAUCUGGGUGGACCCCGUCAACGUCAUCGCUGCCACCUACGAUAUCCUGAUCGAAUCCAGUGCCGAAUUCACCCAUUACAAGCCACCUCUGAAUUUACCCCUCCGGCCCGGAGUCUGGACGAUUAAAAUCCUGCAUCAUUGGGUCCCUGUGGCAGAAACCAAAUUCCUGGUCUCCCCUCUGACAUUUUUGAACAAGCAAGCCAUCCGACAAGAAGAAACCACAAAGCUGCAUGGUGGACCUCCGAAGAACUCCUACAUGGAGCAGAGCUUCCAAGGGCUCAAUCCUGUGCUAAACAUUCCAGUCAGCACUGGCCAACUGGAACAGUUGAAGAAGAACGCCAUGUUGACGGGCACCAAGCUGGAGAGCUGGGUGGACAGUUUGGUGGGAAGCGUGUGGUCAGCGGUUGAUGUCUGUACUACAGGCCCAACUUCCUGUCCUGUCAUGCAGGCCUGCAGCCAGACAUCCUGGAGUUCCCUCAGCCCCGAUCCAAAGUCCGAGUUGGGCCCCGUGAGACCAGAUGGACGCUUGAGGUAGCACCUGGUACCCCUUUUGCUGGCUUUAAAAAGGAACCUGAGCGUUUGGCUCUCGUGAUCACCUUCGGAUGGGGUUGGUACAGGUUGCUGGUGAGCUGAUGGAGGGAGUCUUUAAGAAAACCUACGAAUCCAUGUUCAAGACGGCCGGGGCUGAAAAUCCCAGCCUCUCUUACUGACCAGUUUUGCCAUCUCAAAGGUUUUUGGAAGUCGGGGAAGAGGCAGGAAAGGCGAAACCAAUUGUAGGAAACGACUGAAGUUUCUAAAGGCGGGGGCAGCAUAUUUUCAACCCUGAUCGGACUUAAUUUAUUUCUCAAAACACUAAUAUGCUGUAUCCCGGUCCCUAUUAUUUUUUUCAUUUCCCCAAAAGCAAAGCAGCUUAGCCACAAUUGCUAAAAUUCCUCUUCCCGUCCCCCCCCCAGUGGUCCUCAUUAUUCAAACCUCCCCCUUUGACAUCUCACAAAAAGCAUUGACAUCAUGACUCCAGAUAGCCAAACUUGCAAAGUUUGAUUAUAUUGAAUCCACAGACGGUACAAUAUUAUAGAGAGUUAAUCUCACCCUCUCGUGCCAACAGAGAUUCAGAGUUUGGUCCUCCCGAUGAGCUAAUGAUCACCCAAGAUCUUCUCUAGACUAAAGGGGUGGGGUCUCCAAACUUGGCGACUUUUAAGACGUGUGGACUUCAACUCCCAGAAUUUCUUAGCGGGUUGAGGAAUUCUGGGAGUUGAAGUCCACACGUCUUAAAAGUUGCCAGGUUUGGAGACCUCUGCUCUUCCAAAUACAGCUACUGAGAGAGCCAGCUCAAAGGAGAAAGUCAAUCCGGAGUGUUGAACUUUUCACAUCCACAGCUCAGAUUGGAAAGUAGUUUUCCAGAAAUCCCUGCCACACCCCCCCCCCAAAAAAAAUAUAUUUUUGUCUAGGGAUUUCUGUGUGUCUAGUUAGACACUAGACUGUUACCAUCUGAAUCUCAGUAUUUUCUUUUGGGGGGGGCUCAGAAAGCAACAGAUAACUAUCCCCCCCCCCUCGGUUCCAGUAAUCAUGAGUGAUGGGUCAUGUUCAAAGAGCUGUGUUCAGCAUCUUUUUAACCAGGUUAGAUCAAGUGAUUCAAUUCAAUAACGUGCUAAGCUUGUCGGCUUUCAACUUGGCUAAUCGUGGCUUAGGGAUGGUAGGUAGGCAUCCGAUCUGUUUCGUUAGGUUGUGGUUCCAUCUUUUGCCGACAGCUAGAAAGGGCUCAAUUCAAGAAGCAGGUUAAUUCUGUUGUGUGAACCUUGACAAACCAAGGCUAGAUGAGACGGCAUAAGCCAAACUCACGCUGUCAUAUGCUCCGCAGAGUGGCAGGCUGGAGAGAAAUAUAUCCCUUUGACACACAGACACAUACCCCCACAAACGCCAAUGCUAAGUUUUAUAUCUGUUGUGCGGUGCCUCGUAAACAAAGGAGAAAGUGCUUUUUAAAAAAGUUCAGACGGGGAACGGUUAGCUGGAAAGAAAUUAGCUGCCUUCUACUCUUAACACGGCAUUCCAUCUGACGGAGAAAAAUGGAAAAGGCCAUUUUUCAGACUAAAACCAAGGAGUAUCCGUUUGAAUCCAGUUUUGUAUUUAUUUAUUUUUUUAACUCUUUGCAGGCUCCGUCCGAGUCAUAUUUUAGCUUUGGGACCUGUUGAGAUUAAGUCAAGGGUGCAAAAAAAAAAAGAAAAAAAAGCCAAAUUUUAUUCCUGAUUAAAUGACCUCAUCCUAA